GGACUAGGUCUGUAUGAAACCGGACGCAGCCGCAGCCGCUCUGGUUCCUGUCUGUCUCUGUCAUAUAUCGGGGCUCCCUGUCCGGUACUGCUGCGGUUGCUAGCUGCUUAGCACACUUUAAAACAAAGUUACUCUAUAUGGUUAGGCGUUUUUUGAUUCAGAAAAUUAAACGUAACGUUAAAAGGGAGUAUACAACAUGCCUGCAGUCUCAAAAGGUGAUGGGAUGCGUGGCCUGGCCGUGUUCAUCUCUGACAUCAGGAACUGUAAGAGCAAAGAAGCAGAGGUCAAGAGGAUAAACAAAGAACUGGCCAAUAUCCGUUCCAAAUUCAAAGGAGACAAGGCUUUAGACGGCUACAGUAAAAAGAAGUACGUCUGCAAGCUCCUCUUCAUCUUUCUCCUGGGCCAUGACAUCGACUUUGGACACAUGGAGGCCGUCAACCUCCUCAGCUCCAACAAGUACACAGAGAAACAGAUCGGGUACCUGUUCAUCUCGGUGCUGGUGAACUCUAACAGCGACCUGAUCAGUCUCAUCAACAACGGCAUCAAGAAUGACCUGGCCAGCCGCAACCCCACCUUCAUGAACCUGGCCCUGCACUGCAUCGCUAAUGUGGGCAGCAGGGAGAUGGCUGAAGCUUUUGCCUCUCAAAUUCCCAGCAUCCUGGUGGCAGGGGACACGAUGGACAGCGUGAAGCAGAGUGCAGCGCUGUGUCUGCUCCGGCUCAACAGGACCUCUCCGGACCUGGUGCCCAUGGGGGAAUGGACCGCACGAGUGGUGCACCUGCUCAACGACCAGCACCUGGGAGUAGUAACAGCAGCCACCAGCCUCAUCACCACUCUAGCCCAGAAGAGUCCUGAGGACUUCAGAACAUCCAUCUCUCUGGCUGUGGCCCGGCUCAGCAGGAUUGUGACUUCAGCAUCCAUCGACCUACAGGACUACACGUAUUACUUUGUUGCUGCACCAUGGCUGUCUGUCAAACUGCUACGCCUGCUACAGUGCUACCCUCCACCUGAGGACGCAGCGCUGCGCAGCCGCCUGACAGAGUGCCUGGAGACCAUCCUCAACAAAGCCCAGGAGCCCCCCAAGUCCAAGAAGGUCCAGCACUCCAACGCAAAGAACGCUGUUCUGUUUGAAGCCAUCGCCCUCAUCAUCCACCACGACAGUGAGCCCACCCUGUUGGUACGAGCCUGCAACCAGCUGGGCCAGUUCCUGCAGCACAGGGAAACCAACCUGCGGUACCUGGCUCUGGAGAGCAUGUGCACGCUGGCCAGCUCCGAGUUCUCUCACGAGGCGGUGAAGACGCAUAUAGAUACUGUGAUCAACGCUCUGAAGACAGAGCGAGAUGUGAGUGUGCGCCAGCGGGCCGUGGAUCUGCUCUACGCCAUGUGUGACCGCAGCAACUCCAAGCAGAUAGUGGCGGAGAUGCUGAGCUACCUGGAGAACGCAGACUACUCCAUCAGAGAGGAGAUAGUGCUCAAGGUGGCUAUCCUGGCUGAAAAAUAUGCUGUAGACUACACCUGGUACGUGGACACCAUUCUGAACCUCAUCCGCAUCGCGGGGGACCACGUCAGCGAGGAGGUGUGGUAUCGAGUCAUCCAGAUCGUCAUAAACCAAGACGAUGUCCAAGGAUACGCCGCAAAGACCGUCUUUGAGGCACUGCAGGCUCCAGCCUGCCACGAGAACCUGCUGAAGGUGGGGGGUUACAUCCUCGGAGAGUUUGGAAACCUUAUUGCUGGGGACCCACGCUCCAGCCCUCUGGUCCAGUUCAACCUCCUCCACUCUAAGUUCCACCUGUGCUCGGUGCCGACCCGGGCCCUGCUGCUGUCCGCCUACAUCAAGUUCAUUAACCUGUUUCCAGAAGUGAAGCCCACCAUCCAGGACGUGCUGCGCUCAGACAGCCAGCUGCGCAACGCUGACGUGGAGCUGCAGCAGAGAGCCAUCGAGUACCUGAGGCUCAGCUGCAUCGCCAGCACCGACAUACUGGCCACGGUGCUAGAGGAGAUGCCUCCGUUCCCAGAGAGAGAGUCCUCCAUCCUGGCCAAGCUGAAGAAGAAGAAGGGCCCCGGCAAGGUGCCCGACAUGGACGAGGCCCGCUGGAAUGUCAACGGCAACACGGAGCACAGCGAGAACACGGAACCAACCAACAAGUCUUCUCCUCCUUCUCUGGUGGCAGACCUGCUUCCUACCAACAGACCCCGUCCUGCCUCCUAUAGUCCCACAAUCCUCUCUGCUGGGAACAUGGCCCCCAGCCACCCGUUCACAGACCUGCUGAACAUGAACUCCAGCCCUGCAGCCGGAGCUAGUCUGUUAGUGGACGUCCUGUCAGACCUCUCCUCCCCCGCACCCGCCCCCACCACCGGACCCGGACCCACUGAUGUGUGCGAGGAACACUUCUCCAGGUUUGUUUGUAAGAACAACGGUGUUAUCUUUGAGAACCAGCUGCUGCAGAUUGGACUGAAGUCUGAGUAUAGGCAGAACCUCGGUCGCAUUUACGUGUUCUACGGCAACAAGACAUCUUCCCAGUUCCUCAGCUUCUCCUCAUCAGUGACAAGCAGCGACACGCUCAAGACUCAGCUGAACGUCCACACUAUGCCAGUGGACCCCACAGUGGAAGGGGGGGCUCAGCUCCAGCAGAUCCUCAACAUCGAGUGUUUGUCAGACUUCUCAGACACACCGGUCCUCAACGUCCAGUUCAGAUACGGGGGAACUCUUCAGAACAUCGCAGUGAAACUCCCUGUGAUGCUCAACAAGUUUUUCCAGCCCACUGAGAUGACAUCGGAAGACUUCUUCCAGCGCUGGAAGCAGCUCGGAGUUCCUCAGCAAGAGGUCCAGACAAUCUUCAAAGCCCAACACCCCAUGGACACAGACGUUACCAACGCCAAGAUCUUAGGUUUUGGGGUAGCUCUGCUCUCUGGGGUGGAUCCCAAUCCUGCAAACUUUGUGGGAGCUGGAGUCAUUCACACCAAGAACACUCAGGUGGGCUGCCUCCUCAGGCUGGAGCCCAACCCACAGGCAGAGAUGUACCGCCUGACGCUGAGGACCAGCAGGGAGUCGGUGUCUCAGAGACUGUGUGACCUCCUCUCUGAGCAGUUCUAGCUCCUCACCUUCUCUCUCCCUUUAGUUAGCAAAUGAUGUAUUGUACAGUGUAAAUUCUCUUUUUUAUUUUACCUACUUCACAUGUAAAUGGAGUGAAAUGUAUUUUCCACACGUAGCUUUACUAAUGCGUCACUGCUUUAAACCUGCCUUGUACUUUGUGUGUGUGUGUACUCGCACUGAGCCCCCCUGUUCUGAGUGUGUGUUUGCUGCUCACUGCCUUUCUGUCAGACAUUGUGAAGAGAUUACUAGGACCCAUAAUUAGAGUUAUUUCACAAUCCAGUCUAUAAAGCUUGAUUAUCCGCUUAUCGCACUGUAUAAUUAGAAUUAGAAGCCCUCAUUAAUAUGCAUAAUGUUAUGUCAUUAUAAGGUACUCUAAUUGUUUGUUCUUUGCUUUGAGUUACAAAAUAAUUAAAUCUAUGCAAAAACAACACCCUAAACCUAAGAUGAAUUGUGACUCGAAGCAACCAAUGAGCUCUCAGUGUAAUCGCAUUAUGAGUGGUUAUAAUGUAUAACAGUUAUGGGAUUUAUAAUUCACUACAAUCCUUGAAACAACAAAACAAUAUAAGUCAUCAUAAAAUGCUUUGUAAUGUACAGCUAGAUGACGGCAGGAUUUAUAAACAGUGCUGUGUUCAAAUGCAUUCUAGACAUGAACUGUUGGGAUCUUUCCACUGAUCUCAACACUGAAUCCAGUUGUUCUGAUCAGAGCUGUACUCUUUAUAUUUUCAAACACAGGUCUCAGAGGCUUUCCUCCACUUCUCCCACACUUUGCACUCGCUGGAUAAAACAGUUAGAUCACAAGAGUACAUCAGAUAGGUUUAGGCGAGAGCAUUUCACUUAUUGUCAUCUCAGGAGGAAAAAGAAAGCUUUAUAUUGUGAAAAAAAAGCUUUGGAUGCUACCAUUUCUUUUCCUGUGGUGAGAAUUGUUGAGCUUCGUUGUGCUGACAAAUUUACACCAAGUUUUAGGCGGUUGAUGAGAAUGGCAAAAAAAAGAAAUAGCUAGGAAAUGGAUCCAUUUGAUAGUUAAGAAAUUCACUCUAAUAAUGUUAUCUACUUAACUCCACACAGCUGUGCCGGUUUGUUACUCGGUCAACAACAGAACACGCCUUUCAAUACGGAGCAAUGUUAUAUACAUAACUAUAUAAACAUGCCACACAAAGCACUGCCACACUAUCACAAUACGACUUGCACCUAAAUGCAUCUGUUCACUGCCCAACUGGUCAUUUCUAUAUUUCAACAGUGUAUCUUCUGUUUUAUUAAAUAUACUUUUAUAGUCCUUGACGGCAUAUCUGAUGCUUUGCUUCAAAGACUGGCCUAAAUGUGAAACAAAACGUCUUUCCACCACCUCUAAAGCAGUGUGCAAAUGAAACUGCCAUUUUCAAAAUAUUUACAAUUGACCUGAUAAGGUCUCAUUUUACACUGCUCUUUGUAUGCAUUUAACAAAAAGGACAUCAUGUGUUUCGCUACCAUUGCACUGAGCUAGGUUAGCUUAAUGCUACGCUUACCAUCUCCUGGCUGUAGCGUUAUGUUUAACAGGCUGAUAUAACAGUGAUAUUAAUCCUCUUAGCAAGAAAGGGAAUAAAGGUAUGUUGAUGGUUCAUAAAGAUUGAUGAUCAGUGUGAAAUGGUUUGGCUCUAAGGGCACCUUCAUCUGGACCCGAGAAGCUUUACUGUGAGCUCAUGUUUUAACAACGGCUACAGGCACAUAACCCAUCAUAAGGUUUCACACGGUGAUGGUCCCUUACUUUACUCCGGCUCAGGAGUUUCAGAAAGGUCAAAUAUCCCAGUGUCACGCUGCGCCUUCUGCGGCUUCAUUCAAGAGAAACGAAGGGAUUUAAAACAGGGUGACAAUAAGCGCUGGUGUUCUUUCACCCUGUUUAGGGAACAGUAGCAUACGGUCAACAUGUGUCCUGUUGGAGGAGCUAACUACAUGUUCAACUUUUAUUUGCUGAUGGCCAGAAACACCACUUUAAUUGAAUGCUGAAAUGUGAAAUAACGCUACUGUUAGCUAACAUAUUUGCCUUUGUUGGAGUCUUUAUAAGAUCAUAUAUCAAUGUAUGUAGUGCUUAAACUUAUAUGUAUCAUUAUGGCAUUAAAAUGUCUAAAAAUGACUAGACAUAUUAUAUUUGUGUUUACAAUAUUUGAACCCAAGCCAACCCAGAGAAAUGGGUAAUUUUCUGUAAUAGCUUUUUUCUCUUUAAAACCUGGAUUUACCCACAAAUAUUUGUUUAAUCGAGUUUAAUUUUACUCAGUUACUAGAAUUGUUUUUUCUCUUAAAUGUAGGAAAUGAUAUCUUACAGUUUAGGCCUAUCUUUACUUAAAUCUCCAACUAACUGCUUCCUGCAGGUUCAGUUCUGAAGUACGAUGUGAUCCUGAACCGUACUUUACAACUGUUUGGUUUGGAGUUUGGGUCCUCGGUACUUUAUCUAAACACAGUGGUUACUAUCAGUGGAUCAAGUGUUCUCGAUUCUGAUGUUUCCUGUGCCUUUGAGGUGUGUUCAGUCUCUGUGCUGGACACAGAUUUGAAAAGAAGAAAAGGCUGGAUAUCUUGUUUCUAUUUAAAUGUAAUGUCAUUUCAACAUCCAAAAAGUGUUUUCAUGAAUAAAAGAUGAUACCUUUGUAAACACAUUAAAACGUACAUUGCUUGUU